UGUCAUCGUCUCAGCAGCCCACGUGCAUCGAGACGCACGUAGCCGCAGCAAAAAACCAACGAGCAGUCCUCACGACUGCCUAUCUGCCACGCGAAGCGCGUUGCAGGGUGAACAGCUGUCCUGCGUGGGCAUAAAACCACGCUGCAUCAGCCAGGCUGCACAGCACAGCCACCCACGCACGCAAUCGCCGCGAGAAUUCACGCGCAAUACGUGCAUAAAACUGCGAGAAUUCACGCGCAAUACGUGCAUAAACCUCGCCAGCAGCCAUCAUGAAAGUAUGCGUGAUCUACGGCUCCGAGUCCGGCACGGCCGAGCGCGGCAUUCGUAGUAUAGCGAAGGGCUGGAAGGAAUCCAAAGGCAUCGAAGUAUCCAGUAUUAUGGAGGGCGCCGACGCCGCGCGCAUCGGUUUAGCAUCAUUAGCGGAGCAAUAUGAUUUCCUGGCUGUGGCGACCUCCUCCAACGGAGAAGGAGACCCGCCGUUCAAUUUUCAUCCCUUCUUGAAAGCUUUAUACGAAGCGGACGACGCGGGAGACAAACCUUUGACUGGAUGCGGGUUCGCGGUGCUCGGCUUUGGGUGCUCGCACUUCGACACGUUCCAGAACUGCCCUCGCUUGACGGAUAAGCUGCUGGGGCAGCUGGGCGCCUCGCGACGGGUCCAGCGCGCCGAGGUCGACGAGAUCGACGCCGACGCGGGGGACGUUUCGAAGGCGAAAUGGUCCGACGCUGUGGCGAAGGUCAUAAAGUCGGGCAAGGCCGCCGCGACCAACGUCUGCGACUGGACGCAGCCGGGGGACACGAUCCUCGACAAGCACGAUGAAAUGUUGGUUGCGGCUACUACUGGCGGUCCGCCGCCGGUCCUGUUCAUCGGCGCGGCGCUGGCCGUCGUCGCGGCCGUGUAUUUCGUCAAGUUCGCGUAAGGGUUAGUCUCAUAGCG